AUGACUCUGAGACUUGUUACACGGUCAACCCGGCUGAUUCAACCGCUACAGUCAGCUUUGCCAAUUCUUCGUACAUCGAACAUCCGACAAUACUCUCUGAAGAAAGACUGGAAAGGAAGCUCGACCGACGAACAUGCGGUUAGACGAGCGAAGAGCGGUGAUACUGCAGAUAUACCAUCUUCUGCAUCCCUCUCUGGUAUGAACGAGAGAAGGUUAAACGAAGGUGUUGCGGAUGACACCAAAUCCCAAGGAAUGACUGAAAGAGGCGGAAGCAAGCAAGGGAAGAAGGCCAAAGAGGAACAUCCCAACGCCCCAGAGCCGAUUAUUGGAAUGAACGAUGAGCGAGCGCAGUUCAAUUGA